CAAACAUCAAAUAAUUUGUUCUUUUUCACGUGUUCUCCCUUGCUGUGUGUAUUUUUUAACAAAUUCUUCGACAAAAAUGGCUUUAAAACGUUUAAAAACUAAAAAAUCCAAACGACUAACAUGUCAAAUGAAACAUAAAAUCGAAAAGAAAGUCCGUGAACACACGAGAAAACUUCGUAGGGAUUCGAAGAAAAAAGCCAAAACAGGCAGCAAGAAACAGAAACUUAUUCAAAUUCCAAAUAUUUGUCCAUUUAAAGAGGAUAUCUUAAAAGAAGUUGAAGAAGCUAAAAAACGCCAGGAAGAGGAGAAACAACGUCGUCGUGAGCAACAAAGAUUGGAACGAAGUCAAAAUAAGUUCGCCACAUUGGAGUCAAUGGUCGAGGAUGCUGAUAUGCGUGGAACAGUCCAUACCAUUAUGCAUGAGAAUGAUGUUAAAACAGAAGGAAAGCAGUAUAAGAGUGCAGCUACCAAAGAGAACUCAUUGAAAGCUUAUUUCAAGGAAUUUAAGAAAGUCAUCGAGAAUGCUGAUGUUAUUUUGGAAGUUGUCGAUGUCAGAGAUCCUCUUGGAACACGUUGCACUGAAGUCGAACGUGCUGUUAAAUCAGCCCCCGGAAACAAGCGUUUAGUUCUCAUUCUAAACAAGGCUGAUUUGGUGCCAAAAGAAAAUCUAAAUAGCUGGAUUAAAUAUUUCCGCAAACUUGGCCCUGUUACAGCAUUCAAAGCAUCCACUCAAGAUCAGUCGUCGAAGCUUGGCCGACGUAAAUUGCAUCAGACAAUUAACACCGAAAAGGCGAUGCAAGGUUCUGUUUGUGUUGGAGCUGAACUUCUUAUGUCCAUGUUGGCAAACUAUUGUCGCAACAAAGGCAUUAAGACUUCAAUUCGGGUCGGAGUUGUGGGUAUUCCAAAUGUUGGAAAGAGUUCUAUCAUCAAUUCUUUGACCAGAGGCAAAGCUUGCUCUGUGGGAUGUACUCCUGGUGUAACAAAAGCUAUGCAAGAAGUUGAACUUGACUCAAAAAUAAAGCUUAUUGACUGUCCCGGUAUUGUCUUCUCUACCGGCCAUGAUCCAUCUGGAAAUCAUGUGCCUGCUGUCUUGAAAAAUGCUCAACGUGUUGGUGAUGUCAAGGAUCCCUUUACUAUUGCCGAGAGCGUUUUGAAACGUGCCAGUAAGGAAUACUUUUGUAAAUUGUACGAUGUGAGCGAAUAUGAGACUUUUGAAGAGUUCUUUGCCAAGAAAGCUGCUCGCAUGGGUAAAUUCUUGAAGAGAGGAGUCCCAGAUGUUGUGGCAGCAGCUCGAAGUGUUCUCAAUGAUUGGAACAGUGGCAAGAUCAAGUACUGUACUCAGCCACCAGAAGUGCCAGACACUGAGUCAGCCCAUAUUAGUGCCUCAAUUGUCCACUCAGAAGCCAAGGAAUUUGAUAUCGAAAAUUUCGAGGCGAUGGAGACAGAUAUUUUGAAUACUUUCGAUGUUAAGAAAGAGGAUGUCAUGGAAAUCACAUCGACUGGACCCGUUGAAUACCGACCACCAACAGAAGAUGCUCCAUCUAAUGAAGCAGCUAUUGAUGAAUCGGAGCCUAGAGGCAAGAAGCGAAAAUUGGACGAAGGUAAUGAACGCAAACGCAAAAUUGACCCAACAAUGGAAUUAGAAGGAAAUCAAACACUUAACAAAAACCUGAAGGAACUGCAAAAGCGAAAGAAGAAACAAGGAAUAAGGAGCGAAAAGAAAAUAUCAAAGGUUGCCGAUGUUUUGGAGAAUUUCUCAUUGAACACGAGUGAUGAUAAAUAUGACUUUGACACGGAUUAUGUUGUCAAAGAAUAAUAAUUGCUCGUUUUCUUUUUUUUUAAUUUCUUAUUUUGUGAUGGAAUACUUGUUGCAAAAGUACUCCUUAGGCUUGUUUAAGUGAAUUUUACAUCUAUGUACAUAAAAUUUAAUAAAUAUUUGUAUUAUCUGAGUCAAA